UCCUUUCGGUUCAGCUUAAUUCCGUUAAGUAUUAGUCAACAGCAAUAUACUAAGUGCCAGGCAAGUACCUGGUUAAGGCUGGGAGUGGAGGAAGAUGGGCAAAGACGGGAAGAGUCAGAGGCGCAGAGCGCGCUGGGGGAACCUGGAUGGAGAGAGCCUGGGCGGGGGAGGCUCCGGGAGGCGACACGGGGGCGGCCCUCCCCUGAGGACUAACCACGAACCUUAGGGCACCUUCGGCGGGGAGACCACGUCAGAAAUCCCGUCCGGGACUGACUUCCUGCCCGGGAGGCCCCGCGGCCUCGGGCUCUGGGCGCGGGCCAGCGGGGCGGCGCCGGCGCCGGAUCGGAGGCGCUUCCUGGGCGCAGCGCGCGCCGAGCUGCGCGCGGAGGAGCGGGAGCGCGGGACGGCGCACCGGGGAGGGCGCGCUGGCGGCGACAUGGAGGACGGCGUGCUCAAGGAGGGCUUCCUCGUCAAGAGGGGUCACAUUGUCCACAACUGGAAGGUGCGAUGGUUCAUCCUUCGGCAGAACACGUUGCUGUACUACAAGCUCGAGGGGGGUCGGAAAGUGAUCCCCCCCAAGGGCCGCAUCCUGCUGGAUGGCUGCACCAUCACCUGCCCCUGCCUGGAGUAUGAAAACCGACCACUCCUCAUUAAGCUGAAGACUCAAACAUCCACGGAGUACUUCCUGGAGGCCUGUUCUCGAGAGGAGAGGGACGCCUGGGCCUUUGAGAUAACAGGAGCUAUUCACGCGGGGCAGCCGGGGAAGGUCCAACAGCUCCACAUAUUGAAGAACUCCUUCAAGCUGCCCCCUCACAUCAGCCUGCAUCGCAUCGUGGACAAGAUGCACGACAGCAGCAGCGGAAUCCGGCCAAGCCCCAACAUGGAGCAGGGAAGCACCUACAAAAAGACCUUCAUAGGCUCCUCCCUGGUGGACUGGCUCAUCUCCAACAACUUUGCAGCCAGCCGUCUGGAGGCCGUGACCCUGGCCUCCAUGCUCAUGGAGGAGAACUUCCUGAGGCCGGUAGGCACCCGAAGCACGGGAGCCAUUCGCUCUGGGGAUCUGGCUGAUCAGUUCCUGGAUGACUCCAUGGCCCUGUACACUUUUGCUGAGAGCCCCAAGAGGAAGAUAAGCUCCAAGGAAGAAAUCAGUCUCAGCACCGUGGAGUUAAGUGGCACAGUGGUAAAGCAAGGCUAUCUGGCCAAGCAGGGGCACAAGAGGAAAAACUGGAAGGUGCGGCGCUUUGUUCUGAGGAAGGACCCGGCUUUUCUGCAUUACUACGACCCUUCCAAAGAAGAGAACCGGCCAGUGGGUGGGUUUUCUCUUCGUGGUUCACUCGUAUCUGCUCUGGAGGAUAAUGGCGUUCCCACUGGGGUUAAAGGGAAUGUCCAGGGAAAUCUCUUCAAAGUGAUUACUAAGGAUGACACACACUAUUAUAUCCAGGCCAGCAGCAAGGCUGAGCGUUCAGAGUGGAUUGAAGCUAUCAAAAAGCUAACGUGACAAGGACCUGAGGGAAUGGGAUCAGGAUUCCUCCCUCUUAACAGAUGACACAGGAUUUCCUGGAAAACGGGAAUGUGUUAAGACUUUUAGCUUUUUCUAUUUUGUACUGCUUUGGAGUGAGAUUGGUGAAGAGUUCCUUAGAUUACAGUGGGCAGUGGUGCUAUUUCCUUCCCCACCUUCAAAGUUAACAUGGAAAUGCUAGAAUAGCCAUUAGGCAUCAGCAUCUUGACUUUCGCUCAUCAUCACAACCAGCCAUUCCUUGGGUACCAAAGUAGGUUUCCCUUGUCACACUAACUGGCCACGUUGUAAUACUAAAUAAAACACUAUAGUCUCAUGGUGGCGCUCUCUGAAAUGCUGUCAGCAACUCAUUCUUUGGAAUGAAUAAAAAUUGUUAUUUGUUCCUGGCUAUUAGAAUUCCUAUACCAAGUUUUAGUUUUCAAAGGUUUUUCAUGCUUAAGGCUAUACGAAUUAUUAGGCAAGCUGAUUAUAAAAACAUCUCAAGUGAUCUGUCACUAAAACAUGCCCCAUCUUAAAGUGGGGAUGGGGGGCAAAAUUUUGAAAAUAUCGUUUUGCUUUGAAAAAUAAGCUUUCGUAAGUAUUAUACGUUGCAGAAAAGAAAUCAUGGACUCAGACAGAUUAGUCACACAUAUAAAAAAAGUAAAAUUACAGGUUUUCUGUGGAUAAAAAUGUCAUUUAGAUAGAGCAGGAGUUUGUUGAAGGACAGGAACAGGAGCUCUCUAAAGGACACAGAAAGAUGUCAGUGGGAAAAGAAUUAAAUCAAGGCAUGAAAUUUUGGGUUUUAGAAUGAAGAUUAAUGGAGACAAAUAGGUACCAAGAAGCUUCACCAGUUAGGAGGUUAAUCUGAAGUAGUGAAAAGUCUGCAUCAUACAGUAUCUUUAAAAACAUUUUUAUUACUUUCAAGUUUAAUACAGUAAUCUGCCAAGUACAAGUGCUUCGGCUUCCUUUAAUGAAUAGAUACGUAACUUACAUUUAAGGGGAGUGGAUACUUCCAAAGUGCUUAAGUAAAAAUUCAUUCUCUUCAAUAGUUUGAACUGUCUCCUCUUAAUCUUGUCUAGAAUAACUGAUCUGAGGUUUUACUUUAAUUCCUUACAUUCUAAGAGACUGCCUUUUAAAGCACCAUUUUCCAUUUGGCAUUUCACCAAGGUCUAUGUCCUUGGAAUUAGUUUCUUUAUUGCUUCUUGUUAUCAACAGGUGUUUACCUGAAUUAAACUGCAUUUGGUUUGAUGGC